CUUCAGAAGGUUGAAGUGACCUUGGCCUUGUCAUAUGUUGAUUAACAGAACCCUAGUGAAUUGGACGUAGCGUGAACAGGUUUACCAAACUUCACAUAUCUAUGGCGUCUCGGUCCUUAACGGAGAGUUUUAUGUUCAUGCGUAAUAACGCUUUUCAAACUAGAUACUUCUUCAGCAAUCAGAAGUACAAUGACAAGGAAGCAUUAGUCCCGAAAUCCAAAGACGUGGAAGCGGAGACUGCAAACACUUACACAUUUCCUUCCGAAUGGCAAAAACUCGUCAAUUCAGUUCAAUAUACUUUCACAUUAAUUCAACAAAAAAUGAAUGAACUGAUCGCACUUCACAAUCGGCAUUUACUAGCCACUAAUCUAGACGACAAUGUGGACGAAGACCAAGAAAUCGAACUGCAGACCAAGGAAUUGACUGAGAUAUUCGGUUUAUCUCACAAACAAUUGGGUCAGUUAUUUGCAAUGAAGCGAUCACCCACCUUGUGGCCUGGGUCACAGGCUCGGAAAUUGGCAGAAAAUGUCCUCUGCAGUCUGGCGCGUACUUUACAAGAGUUAUCGAUGGCAUUUAGAAACUCACAGUCGGAGUAUCUGAAUAAACUGAAGUCGCGAGACGAAAGAAUACAAGGCUAUCUCUCCCUGGGACCUAUGUUGGACUCCGCAACUGACAAACUGGACGAUUUUGGCGACAGUGAGUACCAGUUGUGGGAAUUGCAGAAACAAAAACAUAGCAUGCUUUUGGAGGAGAACACGGCAAUGGUUGCACAACGUGAGCAAGAAAUCAAUCAGAUUGUGCGAUCCAUUCACGAAUUGAAUGAGAUAUUCCGUGAUGUGGCGCAAAUGGUUGUGGACCAGGGCACGCUAGUUGACCGAAUCGAUUACAAUGUGGAACAGACACAGAUUCGGGUGGAGCAAGGCCUGAAGCAAUUGACCAAGGCACAGAAACAUCAAUCGAAAGACCGUAAAAUGCUGGUCAUUCUGGUGUUGGCUUCGUUGGUUCUCGUGUUCGGAGUCUGCCUUAUCUUGACUAAACUGAGCUAGCAUUGUAUUUAGCACCGUCUGUGAUCGUCCCAUCGAUGUUGUCCUAUGUCUUUCAGAUGCCCUGUAUUUUCUCCGGCUGGCUUAUUCUUUUCUGUCUUCAGUCCUUCGAUUUUCGCCGUAAUGAUGUUGAGUUUUCCAUUGUUCCAUUCCGGUGCUACCACGGAUGCCACCUUAAAACUUGUGGUUUGUUCACCUCGAAAGUUGUAAAUAUCGAAAAUCUGUCCUUUCGAGCC